AUGGACCAAGACGAAAACAACCUUCGACUUGCACUCGCCAGUAUGCAAAGCACUCAAUCACCAAGCGACCCGCCUAUGCAAGUCGAUGCCGAAGUACAUUCCAUCAUAGAGCAUGAGACGCUGGAGCCUGCUCUGGCAUACGAUUUCAACGCACCUCUCGAUUCAAUAAUCUUGAGCGAGACACCCGACCUAAACGACUCGGCACAACAAACCGAAGAGCAAGAGGCGUACAAUGCUACUGAGUUGCUCGCUUUGCUGGAAAACACUUUCGAUGAGGACGAGAGUCGCAACAACAGUCUAAUGUCCUUGCCUGCCACCCGUGAAGUCCGAAGCCCCCAAUCCAUGCAUUACGAAAGCCUCUACCUGCAGCAAAAUGGGCAAAACCAGGUGAGUUAUGGCCAAUCCUCACAUGCUUUGCAGCAACAGACUGGCCAGCCAGACUUAGAAGCGCGACUCUAUCGAGGCGUGAAUUCAGCUAACGAAACAGGAUCCGUCGACCUGGUGUAUGACUAUGAAGUAACCAACUGGGCUGACGCCUUCCAACCGGUUUCUGUAGCCCCGACCUCCAUACCACUCCGACCUGCGCCAACCACUGCCAACAACAAGAAACCUGACAAUCCACACAAGCGUCCAGAGCGACAGAAGUCCUGCUUCCCUUGCCAAGACAAGAAGUGGACCUGUGUACGCCUGCCAAAUGGCCUCUGCACAGAAUGCGUGGUCAGGCAGCGUACCAUUGAAGCUCUCAAUGCCGCAGGAAAGAGCGAGGUCGUAUUCCCUGCCGCCAUCUGCUGCGUCCCCGACGCGACAGAUGAGUACAAGGAUUUCCGGGGUCUACGAGCCACAGAGACCGGCCGAGCCAAAGCGUCCGGUGAUGGCACCUGGCGAGCUCAGACUGAGAAGCGACAGGCAGAGAAGGACCGCGGCGAGCGAGAGACUAUCGGCCGGGUUCACAACCGAAGCGGAGAUCUUGUUCCUGGAGAGCCUCUGCCUAAGCGCAAGAGGGUCAAGGUCGGAGAGAAGGGCAAAGGCAAGGAGUAG